AUGGCCUGCCUACGGAAGUCGCAAGCGGAGCACCGCUCAGAGGCCACAGCUAGCACCACGCAACCAGCGGUGCAGCCAAGGGACUCUGGUAAGACGGUGGAGGAUCCAGGCCCGGAGGCACCCCACAGUGCCCGGAACCUCCACGCUCCGUUAGCCUCUUCACAAGGCAGGAUGGCAGAACAGCAGCGGGUCAAGUGGCCAGCCUCAAGCUCCAAGGAGUGGUCGCAGUUUGAUCAGGAUGUGGACAAGAUUCUGGAGUCAGUGUCUAGAGGCAGUGUAGAUCAGAAACUCAGGUCAAUGGGUACCAUCAUCAUGUCCAUGGGGGUGGAACGGUUUGGUGCUAAACAGAGAGGAAAGGCUAGAGACCCAGUGAAGCCAAACCGGCGGGAAGCCAAGAUUCGCCAACACAGGCAGGAGUUAAAGUCACUUAGACGGAAGUUCAAGGUUAGCACUGGAGAGGAAAGAGCGGCUCUUGCAGAACUCACACAUAGCCUUAGGGGGAAAAUUCGGACACUAAGAAGGGCAGAGUAUCACAGGAGGAGAGGUAGGGAGAGAGCCCGUAAGCGGAGUGCCUUCAUUUCCAACCCUUUCGGUUUCACGAAGCGCCUCCUAGGGCAGAAGCGGAGUGGGACCCUUAACUGCUCAGUGGAGGAGAUCAACAGCUACCUCUGCACGACCUUCAGUGACGCCGCUAGAGAUGCAGACCUCGGUCCUUGCUCACUUCUGGUGUCUUCCCCGGAGCCAGAGACCCAGUUUGACAGCACUGAACCAACCCUGAAGGAGGUGAAGGAGGCGGUCAAAGCAGCAAGGGCUAGUUCAGCUCCAGGACCCAGCGGUGUGCCAUAUAAGGUUUACAAGCACUGUCCUAGUGUGGAGGGGAAGAUAUUUUUCAAGAUUGUGGCCCAGCGUUUGAUCAAGUACCUUCUAGACAACCAGUACAUCGACACGUCAGUACAGAAGGGGGGAGUUCCCGGAGUUCCGGGUUGCAUGGAGCACACAGGUGUGGUGACGCAGCUGAUCAGGGAGGCUAGGGAGAACAAAGGGAACUUGGCAGUUCUAUGGUUGGAUCUGGCCAACGCCUACGGUUCUAUCCCACACAAGCUGGUUGAAGCAGCGCUGACCAGACACCAUGUUCCAGAGGCAAUCCGGAACCUCAUCCUGGACUACUACAGCAACUUUUGGCUGAGGGCUGGCUCCAACUCGGCAACAUCAGCGUGGCAGCGGUUAGAGAAGGGCAUCAUAACUGGCUGCACGAUUUCAGUACCUCUCUUUGCACUAGCGAUGAACAUGUUGGUCAAGUCCGCCGAAGAAGGAUGUCCAGGCCCUAUGUCCAAGUCCGGAACCAGGCAGCCUCCGAUCAGAGCGUUCAUGGACGACCUCACGGUGAUGGCUGAGUCGGUCCCAGUGCCAAUGACUGCGGUGGAACAGCUAGAGAGAACCAUCAGCAAGUCCCUGCGCAGAUGGUUAGGGGUGCCAAGGUCCCUGAGCAACAUUGCUCUGUAUGGCAGAUCCACCAAGCUGCGUCUUCCGUUGAGCGGUCUGACAGAGGAGUUCAAGGUCACUCGGGCCAGAGAGGUGAUGAUGUACCGAGACUCUGCAGACACCAAGGUCUCCUCUGCUGGCAUUACGGUCAGGACCGGGAGGAAAUGGAAGGCACAGGAAGCAGUGGACAAAGCAGAGUCAAGGUUGAGACAUAGUGUCCUUGUGGGCACCCUGGCAGUAGGGCGAGCAGGACUAGGCAGCUGCCCAAAGCCUCAGUAUGACAAGGCCAGUGGAAGGGAGAGGCGUCAACUGGUCCAGGAUGAGAUACGAGCCGAGGAAGAGGAGGCUCGCCACUGCAGGAUGGUAGGCAUGCGCAAGCAGGGUGCGUGGACCAGGUGGGAGCAGACAGAGCCCCGCAAAGUCACAUGGCCAGAGCUGUGCAGGGCCGAACCUUUCCGGAUCAAGUUUCUCAUCUCUUCUGUGUAUGAUGUCCUCCCAAGCCCAGCCAACUUGCAUAUCUGGGGCAUGGCAGAGACCCCAGCAUGUCCACUUUGCGGGAGAAGAGGUACCCUAGAGCACAUUCUUAGCUGCUGUCCAAGGGCACUGGGCGAGGGGAGGUAUCGCUGGCGGCACGACCAGGUCUUGAGAGUGUUGGCUGCUUCCUUUUGCAAGGCUAUUCAAAGCAGCAAGAGUCAGAUGCCACCUAAGAAGUCCAUAACCUUUGUCAGGGCUGGUGAAAGUGCUAAGCGGAAACCCACUUCUGCUGGUGGGCUUCUAGCUACUGCGAGAGACUGGCAGCUCAAAGUAGAUUUAGACAAACAGCUCAAGUUUCCAGAUCACAUCGUUGCCACGUCACUGCGGCCAGACGUGGUACUUUGGUCGGACUCCACAAAACAAGUGAUCAUGUUGGAACUGACUGUUCCGUGGGAAAGUAGAAUAGUCGAAGCCCACGAGCGUAAAAGAGCGAAGUACACUGAACUAGUAAUAGACAGUCAGAAGAGGGGGUGGAGGGCCCGGUGUGCACCGGUUGAGGUUGGGUGUCGGGGGUUCGCAGGUCAGUCGUUGUCUAGAUCGUUAAAGCUCCUCGGAGUAAGAGGGCCGCAGCUCAGACACGCUAUCAGAGAUAUUCUUGAGGCCGCAGAAAGAGCCUCAAUUAAGAUGGCUGUGGUUCCGUCGGGGGGAUAG